UCUUGGCCCCCUUUUGACUAAAGCUGGGAGGGAAGGAAGGUCUCAAUCUCUGCUCCCCGGAGAAGACUGGCUCGGCUGGUAAAACCAGUCACGAUAGCGAGGCUGGUGACAGAGAUGUGUUUACUAAAGACACAAUAAGGCCAGAGAUCUAAUAUCAGCCUUAUAAUGCGAGAUGAAGUGGGCUGAGGGAGACCAGAAGACGUUUUUGGGGAUGGUUUGCUGAUGAUUUGCUGACUCAAGAAGCGGAUUUGGGCGAAAGCUAAACAUGGGCAGAUUGCAGUGAUGACUAGUUGCUCACAUUGGCUGGUGACGGGGAGUAAUUUAACACCAGACAGAGAGAGGCCAUUUAGAAAGGGAGGAGAUAGCAGAGAUAUGUCAGAACUUGACGCAAAGAGUCAAUGGACUGAGGGUGUGUGAGUGAGACCGACGGCCACAGACGGUCUGUAUUCCAGGACAUUUCAAAGUUCUCCAAAUCUUCAAAGAAAAAGGGAAAUGAUUCUGCCAUGGAGUAUUCUCCUUUUACGAUGACUCUUGGUGUUUAAAAACAGUUAAAUAUCUUCAACCCACGAAGAAGAACCUCAACUAUUGAAUAAUUCACCAAUCUCCAGAUGCCGGUCAUUGUUUAGAUAGAAACAUGUCAUUUUCCUUGUAGGAGAAGGAUUUCUCCAGCCAUCGGCGGGCUCCAGUCAUGUCAAACACUCAAGAGCAGAGCCUCAACGAGAACAUCGUCUUCGCUCCAUUGACAGAGUCCAGUCCAGACUUCUUGCACUGCGAGGAAGAGCGUUAUUGUGUGGAAAGCCUGGUGAGCUCCGGUGCUGAGGCUUUCUACACCAAACUCCACCAGGAACAAAUCGGGUCGUUCCUGUCCCCCGGUGAGGUGAACCAGAUCUCCAGCUGGGCCGAGGAAUAUCAUCAAAGUGAUGCAAUCCAGGAAAAUGGAAAUGGCGAGGUGGAGGUUGGUUCUGAUGGGGAGGACUUCUCUGGACAUUAUUUUCCCACAGAGUCUGAUACUCCAGCGCCAUGUUUGGAACUGGGAUGGCCGGAAAGGACCAUCUGGAUGGACAUGGGACAGAUUCACGUCUUCACCAACCCUCCUGCAGAACAGGCACCCUCCAUACGGGAAGUCCUCAGGAGACACCUACAAGGAGCCACUAAGCUGAUCGCUGUGGUAACAGAUAAAUUGUCGGACAAUGCUGUGAUUGGUGACCUCCGAAACGCUGCAUCGCGGGGAGUUCCUGUGUACAUCAUCCUCAACAAAAGAUCUGUGGAAAAGAGCUGCUUUUCACAACGGCUUCAACAUCCGAAUAUUAUGGUGCGUGUUCUUGGAGGUAAAACGUACCUGACGCGUGACACUAAGGUAGUGGUCGGAGAGCUGAAGGAAAACUUUGUGUUGGUGGAUCUGGAGACGGUGAUGUUUGGGAGCUACAGUCUGAGCUGGACCGACGCUCACCUGCACCGUCAGCUCGUCACUGUUUUGAGCGGCCGGGCCGUUGAAUCUUUCGAUCAAGAGUUUCGGAUCCUCUAUGCUGCCUCGCUCCCAAUCCCAGAUGCGUGGAAAACUGGAAAAGAAGCUACCGAACCCAAAACAUUAAAAAAAGUACAGCCACUGAACAUUAAUAUCAACAAAGUAGAACUCAAAGAGUUGGUCUCCAGUCCUCCACCUCCACCUACAGACAACCCCCUGGACUGGGAGGAGAUGGGGGUCAUCCAGAGAUUCCCGGACAGCCCUCUAUCUCCAUCUGAUCCUCCUGAGAUCCCGUUUCAUCACCGACAGCUCCUGGAACGCCAUCCGGGAAGAUGGGAACCUCCCUACAAAGAGUUUAACAGCAGACUUCAGCCUGGGUAUCAAGAAGACGUUAAGUUUAGUUCAAUGUUUCUGUCAGAUCUAAGGCAUCCGGAAUAUCAAAGACCAAGGCGACAUUACGCUCCAGGAGAAAUGCAUUGCAAUGAGGUGGUGAACAGGCCUCCUCUACAGAUUCCUGACAGAAUCACGUAUCCUCUACUGAAUGCUGAAAAUGAGGAGAGGUUUCCGCUGUACAAAUCUCGCGCUCACCGAAUGGACAUGACAUCAGAGGAAGAGCUCGGAGCCGCUGUGAGACGAGAGCCUUACCAGAUGAGUGACAGAGCUUUAGGAGAGACCAUGAACCUUGAAGGAAGCACACAAGCUCAUUUUAAGAAGCCGUCAGAACUGUCCCGGAGCAGGACUUUCAACACUUUGAGUGACAUUAUGAAACGGGUCAAUGCACGGUCGAGUUCCUCAGGACAGCAGAGGACAGACACCCGAGCGCCGGGUGUCAGCAAAUCCACGCUGGACCUCAAUUUACAGCGUUCAGACACAGCAUCAAAUGCUCGAACCACCAACGGUGAUAAUCUGCCCUUGACUCCAGCUCUGGCACUUAUGAAAAAGCGAAACGAUGAGGUUAAAUCGGGGCUGUUGAGGAGCAUGCCCAGUGUGUUCACACCGGGUUCGAGAACUCCCAAGUUUGGCCUGCAGAGGGAGCCAUGGAGGGCUCCAUUCAAAAGUCACAGAAGUGAGGAGGAGCACUGAUGUUAUGCAGGAAAACCCAGGCAAUGACAUCACCAGUGUUACAAUACUUCCCACAUAUUUAAAUAUCUAAAUGUUACAGUAAUAAACAGUGCUGCAGGUAAAAGGGGGUUUUCCUGCGUGCAGAAAAUAAAUAUUCAUCAGAAACAUUACACUUGAAAAAUAAGACUAUCAAUAUAUGCCUGAUUAAAAAGUGUUAUUGAAAGAUGUGAUGAACUGUCACUGAACUAAAUGCCAGCUGUUUAUACUGCCUAGUGUUUAAGACAUACCUUUAUUUUAACUAAAUUUAUAAAACUGAGUACCACAGAGAAUUUUAGAGGCUGACUCUUUCUAUUCAAAUAUGCUGUGUUUAAAGUUAGUAUAUAUAUAAUUGUUUCAGAGGCAGAACAUUAUUCAUUUUGAUUAUUAUUAUUAUUAUUAAAUAAUAUGCACUGAUGAAUCAUUCAAAAUAACAUUAGGUUAUAAAUAAAGUUGUAAAUAAAACUACUGGAGUAUAAAAUACUACAGUCUUUCUACUUCAAAAUUGUGUGUUUACUGUAAUUUAAUGUGUUACUUGUUUUAAAACAAUUACUAGCAAUUCCCAAGGGAACAGAAUGUUUCAAAGUAAA